CUACUUGGUUUUUUCCUUCUACUUCUUUCUUCUCUCAUCUUUUCUCUUCUCUUUCUUCUCCUUCUUCUUAGCCAAAUUGGGGGCCCUUCGCUCAGCCGCCAGUUGUCGGCACUACUUCUUCCCAUCGUUAUCAGUCGUCAGCUUCCCGAUCUCCCUCUUCUGUCCCCUUAUUUCCUUCAGUGAAAUGAGCACAUACCUAGAAUCCCUAAAACCUAACCGAAACAUACCCUUUUUUUUUCUAUUGUUCAUGUUCAGAUUUUUGUUCUGGGUUUCUCACUGAAAUGAGGACUGUAACUUUUUUAUUUUCUUUGAUUACAUCCACAUCACCUCAAAAAGGGAUGCGAUGGGCUUGGGAGCUUUAAAGAAAAAGAAAAGAGAUUGAAAAGUGGAAGCCGAAAUAGAGUAAAGGCUUUGAAGUUUCCUGGAAGUGAUUUUGGUAGUAAAAUGGAAGUGAAAGCAGCAAGAGGUCUCACUUGAAGGGAAAGGAAUGCGCAUAGUGGUGUAAACGAGAGAACAGCUAAAGAAAUAUAAGACAAGAAAACGAGAGAAAAUAUUUUUUUUUUUUGUUUUUUCACCAGUUUUAACCGUUUUUUAGUAGGUGUUAGAAUUAACGGCGUGUGAUUUACAAUUUUGUUAUAAAAUUUUUGUUUGAAGUAUUUUAAAAUGUUUAAUUUUAUAUUAAAUCAAAUUAUAAAAAAAUCCGAAAUCAUUAAAUCUCAUAUUCAGGCCUAUAUUUUUAUCAAUUUUAAGCCAAAUCACUUAUAUAUAUUUAUUAUUUUUAUGUCAUCUCUUCGUAUCAGUCUUAAAAUUAUUGGAUGCAAUUUUUUUUUCUUUUGCGAGCAAAUAAGUUAACAAGCAAUAAUUCAAUCGUCAGGGAAUCUCAAGAAGGACGAAGUGUCCACGUGGAAUCAAGAUAUUGGACAAGUCCCACAUGUUCCCUCUCUGCUAACCAGUCAGUGCGCUCAAUGGCAAACCGAUGGUUGAGACUUGAGGUGUAUCCGCUGUUCGCGGCUGUUGGUGUUGCUGUGGGGAUCUGUGGUUUCCAGUUGGUGCGCAAUAUCUGCAUCAACCCUGAAGUCAGGGUAAGCAAGGAGAACAGGGCUGCUGGGGUUUUGGAGAACUUUGCUGAGGGAGAAAAAUAUGCUGAACAUUUUCUAAGAAAAUAUGCCCGCAACAGGGCACCUGAAAUCAUGCCCAGCAUCAACAGCUUCUUCACUGACUCAAAAUGAGGCUUCACUUUGCUUCAUGCUGACAAAAGGAGGAAAAAAAAAAAAACCCUACGUCUUGGUUCAAUACCAUCUGAUGUCCUUUCAUCUGCUGAUUGUAAUGCAAGUUUGUGUUGAUUUUGCUUAGUUGAUGUGCUUUUGAAGGGAAUAAGCUCUCAAAUUUGUAAGAGAGUUUCAGCUAAUAUGAAUUGACUAUUUAUUUGCAAUAUGAUUUUUGGAUUGGAACUAUUCUGCUUUUAGGCUUCGAUUUCCUGUUCUAAGAACUUGAUUUGAUAUUUGUGAUGAUGUGGUAAUUUGAGUAUUGAUGUCGUGUGUUGAUUUGUAUUUAUAUUAUGUUUUUCAUG